AUGGAGGGGAAUAUUUUAGGCCUAAAAGAUCUCUUUGCCUCAGGGCAGGCCACUCCUUUCGAUCAGGUCAAUACUGCGGCGGAAGGAUUGCUUGGGUACGCAUUUGUCGGAAUUGAAGGAGUUGCGUCCUUUGAAUUUCUUCUGAGUCAAGGAGCAGAUCCAUUCAGUUGGGGCAACAACGUCUCCAAUACGCUGGGUUAUUUGGUAUGGAGUGGGAGCUGCGGUAUAGAAGGUCAAGGCCAUGGCCGAAGUCUGCUUCCAUCUCUACGCAUUGUCCUUCGUCACAUGCAAGAACUGGUUUACGACACAGAGGAAGAAACGCUCGAUGGCGUCCUCAACGAAUUUCACGGUACAGCUGAAGAAUUCUUGUUUCUACAACGAGAAAUCUGUCCGUCAUUUUUUUUGAUGUCAAAACAAACGCGAAUUGCUGUGGCCAUCGGUGCUGCGUCGGGGCACUGGGAUGCCUCUCAUAUGCCUCAGACAAUCCGAACUAUCCUCGGACCUGGGACGCUGGAGGUUGAUGAUCUUCAAUUUGGAGAAUGUUUGGUCCACGAUGGUUAUUACAGAACACUGGUGCACUGCGUGGCGAGAAAGAUUGGACAGAAUUUGGCUUUAUCGCAGCAUAUGGAAUACACUCUCAAAUUCCAUGGAGCUAAUUCCCAUGCGAGGCAGCAGGCUUAUGAUCUACAGAAGUCACAUUACCAGGCGUGGAAUAAAUUAUUUCUCGAGUUUUUGUAUAUUGGGGUGGAUGUUCAUCAUUUACUUGAUAGGCGAACCCCCUUUCUCUCAUUUUUGGAGGGAUAUAUCACCUGGUUGGAUGAGAAGAAAUACCUCGUGAUGUCCUGGAAUUCAGGCUUUCGAGUGUGGUUGAAGGAACUGCAGGCUGCUGGUGUCAAUCUACAGCAGUUCGGUCAAACCGAGGAGAGAAUCUGGAAAAAAGAGCUUGGAGAAUUAGAGCGGGAGUAUUUCGCCUCAAAGCCAACGUGGGGGGGUCCUUGGUCCCGCCCACUCAUAGGGUUUAGCUAUGGUUCUUCUCCUAAUAAUUGGGUCUUAUGGUUAUCUGAAGGAUGUGAUUCUUUUGCCCUUGACUUUUGGACACUAAUCGAGAGGCAAAUCGAGAUUAUGCCAGGAGGCUGGUCAGUUGAUUAA